AUGAUAGAUCACUACCACUUCCGACAGGACGGACUGCUCUGCAAACUCCGGAAGGUCGUAGCCGCGCCUGACUUCAUCCGAACGAAACAAGAUUCCGCAUCGAUCUCUAGCGAGUCACCUCAAGGAUCGCCGAGUUCUCUGAAGAAGCCGGAGUCGACGAUGAAUGUUUCCCGAACGGCGAGUCACUCUCUUCCCUCGUUGGCGUCGCUUAACGUCACCUCGCCGACAGUUGCGACUUCGAACGACACCAAUAGGGGCUCACCUGUUAUUCGCAAGGUCAACGAGGAUGUCAUGCACUCAAGUACCGAUCUCAUCUCCUUCAACGAUUGGCCCAAUGUGACUAGUCUCUUGGCCAAUCAGAAUGCCAACAACAGUGCCAGUGCAAAAGCCCUCCACACCAACGGCAGCGCCAUCGGACGCAAGGUGUCGGGGCAGGGCAGCAAGUUCGCGCGGCCCAUCCUGCCCCCCUUGCAGUCGAUUCCCUUCGGUUGCGGCGACGCCCUCGUCCACACCCCCUUCACCCCCAUCAACCCCGACGCAACUCCCACCCCCAAGGCCGGGGGCACCAUCCAGUCCCCCACCUCCCCCUUCUCCAGAGCCAAAUUAAAGGCGCCUCUCAUUGCCAUAGCAACCACCCCCACAGCCUCAUCCGAUGAAUCGUUACAACAGGCGCGCCCCCUUCAAACGUCGGCGACGUGCCCGUUGAUACCAGACGUGGGCAACAAUGCCACCACCACCUCCGCCGCCGCCGCCACCACCACCACAGUGGCGAAUUCCUUUUCGGCCGUGUUUCGGACGAACAACUUCGCGUCUGGCGCCACCCAAAGAACCGCAAGUGCCACUCGUAAUCCCCAACUCCCUCCCUGUAAAUUCUCCCCUAACAACAGCCUGCCUCCCGAGUCGCUGAACUUUCCUCCAAUAAUUGAUGCCCUCUGGGAGGAGCCAGAUGGCAGUGAAGAGCGAUCUCAGCCGAGCAGUUCCAUGGCCUCAAUAAACCUGGAGUCGCUGCCCCCGCCUCCACCUCAUAUCUUGAAUCCCUUCCUUCCUCUGACAACCAGCGCUGUGAGUCCGCAGCCUUGUCACCACGCGCCUGGCGUGUCGACCUUCUGCAACUCCACGUGCUGCCAACGGAAGGAGAGUCAGCCGAAUUCCCCGCAGUUGCGCGACACGACACCGCCUGCCUCGGUGCUUCCUGCCAUUGAAGAGGCCCAAAAGAUCUACGAUUCUCUUCCUGACAACACCCUCUUCCUGCCACCAGAGAGCCUAAGUCUUAUGGAACGACUUGGCGGUGGAAACUUCGGCCAAGUCGUGAAGGGGAUCUACAAGACGCCUCACGGUCUGGAUGUCCAAGUUGCUGUCAAAACCCUCAAGGAGUCUCAGAUUGCCUGCACUGGUGAACAAACCAUCCUCGCGGAAGCGAAAACAAUGACCCAGUUGAAGCAUAGGCACAUCGUCCGACUGAUUGGCGUCUGCAAAGCCCAGCGCUUCAUGUUGGUUCUGGAACUGGCACCGCUCGGGCCAAUCAACAAGUACCUAAAGAAGCAUCCGGACACGUCAGUCUGCGUGUUGGCGGAGUUGAUGCACCAGGUGGCCCAGGGCAUGGCCUACCUGGAGUCCUGCAAGCUGGUGCACCGCGAUCUGGCCGCGCGCAACGUCCUUCUCGUGACCCAACGCUUCGCCAAAAUCAGCGACUUUGGCAUGAGCAAGGCCCUCAACUUUGGCAACGACUAUUACCGGGCAGCGAGCGCGGGCAAGUGGCCACUUAAGUGGUACGCCCCGGAGUGCAUCUACUACUUCCGAUUUGACUCAAAGUCAGACGUCUGGAGUUACGGCAUCACCCUAUGGGAAGUCUUCUCCUACGGCGAGAGGCCCUACAAGGACAUGAAGGGCGCGCAAAUUCUAGCAAUGCUGGACCAGGGUCUGCGCCUCUCGCGUCCGGCACGCUGUCCAGAGCCCAUCUACGCGGUGAUGCAGCAAUGCUGGAACGCGGAGGGCGUGCGACGACCUACCUUCACCGAACUCGUGCUCACCAUGUCACGUCUCGCCGCGGGACCUCUCCUCCUCACCCCCCUUCCUGGUGGCCUUGACAACGAGCGCGCCGUCGCCAACUCAGGUGGAUCCGGCGUCAACAGCGGCGGUGGGUCCGCGAGCGCUUUUGCCUUCUUCUAA